AGCAAGUCGGAACAGAAAUUAGACGCCCGAAAGCAUGUCCACUUCCUACCAUUUCUGAGUCCGUGAUAGCUGUGAUCAUUCAUAACUCAUCCCCGCCCCCAAGCCCUGUGCCCGAGCUCCUCCGAGCGCGUGGAACUCCCUGCCUCGCCGAGAUGAAUGGUAGGGUUUGCGCGUCGGAGAGGCUACGAGUCCAGCCCUCCGCCGCCAGCCGUCCCCUUUAAGAAUCGGCCCCGGCGGGACUACGUUUCCCAGAAGGCUUUGCCGGCGCGUUAUGUAACUUUCCCUGCGAAGCGGCCUCUGGGGCAGAAGGAGGUGGAGGCGGCGGCGGCCGUUGCAGCAGCAGCGGCGGCGGCGGCGGGAUCGGCGGGAGCCCGAGGCGGCGGUGCCCGCGGCCCAUUCCGGGGCCCGAGCUGUGCGCCUCGGCCCGGAGCCCAGACCGGGCAGGGGCGCCGACGUGCCUCUAACAGGCUUUUCAAGGAGGCGGGAGUGAGGAAAAAGGCUUAGGGCCCAGGGGGCGGGGAAGGGGGGCCGGGCCUGGAUCGGCGGGGAGGCCGAGUCGGAGGCCUGACUGUGGAUUGCGCGGUCCCGGAGACGCGAAUCGAACGUCUGCGGCGCGGAUCGAACGUCGGCGGCGGGUGGAACGCCGGGGCUCAGCGGCGCGCGCGCGGGGGUCAUGGCGUCUGUGCAGGCGUCCCGCCGCCAGUGGUGCUACCUGUGCGACCUGCCCAAGAUGCCGUGGGCCAUGGUGUGGGACUUCAGCGAGGCGGUGUGUCGCGGCUGCGUGAACUUCGAGGGUGCGGAUCGCAUCGAGCUGCUCAUCGACGCUGCCCGCCAACUCAAGCGCAGCCACGUGCUCCCCGAGGGCCGCUCUCCCGGGCCCCCCGCCCUCAAGCACCCGACCACUAAGGACCUGGCUGCGGCCGCUGCCCAGGGGCCUCAGUUACCGCCUCCACAGGCCCAGCCCCAGCCGUCAGGAACAGGCGGUGGCAUCUCUGGCCCGGACCGCUAUGACAGGGCCACAUCGUCGGGCCGCCUCCCCCUGCCCUCUCCCGCCCUGGAGUACACCCUGGGGUCUCGCCUGGCUAAUGGGCUGGGCCGCGAGGAGGCCGUGGCGGAGGGGGCGCGGAGGGCCCUGCUUGGCUCCAUGCCCAGCUUGGUGCCCCCCGGGCUGCUGGCAGCUGCGGUAUCUGGCCUGGGAACCCGAGGCCUGACGCUGGCACCCGGCUUGAGUCCUGCCCGUCCGGCUUUUGGCUCCGAUUUCGAGAAGGAGAAGCAGCAGAGGAAUGCGGACUGUCUGGCAGAACUGAACGAGGCCAUGCGUGGCCGGGCGGAGGAGUGGCACGGGCGCCCCAAAGCUGUGCGGGAACAGCUGCUGGCAUUGUCGGCCUGUGCCCCCUUCAAUGUCCGCUUCAAGAAGGAUCACGGGCUGGUGGGGCGGGUGUUCGCUUUUGAUGCUACUGCCCGCCCGCCGGGCUAUGAGUUCGAGCUGAAGCUUUUUACCGAAUACCCCUGUGGCUCUGGCAACGUGUACGCAGGAGUCCUGGCAGUGGCUCGCCAGAUGUUUCAUGAUGCCCUGCGGGAGCCGGGCAAGGCUCUGGCCUCAUCAGGCUUCAAGUACCUCGAAUAUGAACGGAGGCACGGCUCGGGGGAAUGGCGCCAGCUGGGGGAGUUGCUAACCGACGGUGUCCGCAGCUUUCGAGAGCCCGCUCCCGCAGAGGCCCUGCCCCAGCAGUAUCCAGAGGCAGCCCCUGCAGCUCUCUGUGGUCCACCCCCGCGAGCCCCGUCCCGGAACCUGGCGCCCACUCCACGCCGUCGAAAGGCUUCCCCCGAGCCCGAGGGUGAGGCGGCUGGGAAGAUGACCACCGAGGAACAGCAGCAGCGGCACUGGGUAGCCCCGGGUGGCCCAUACUCCGCCGACACCCCUGGGGUGCCCUCACCCAUCGCCGCCCUGAAGAACGUGGCAGAGGCCCUGGGCCACUCCCCCAAGGACCCUGGCGGGGGUGGGGGCCCCGUGCGUGCUGGGGGCGCCAGCCCCGCAGCCUCCUCCACAGCCCAGCCUCCUGUCCAGCAUCGUCUUGUGGCCCGCAACGGUGAGGCGGAAGUCAGCCCCACCGCAGGGGCAGAAGCUGUUAGCGGGGGUGGUGGCAGCACCGGGGCGACCCCUGGGGCACCCCUGUGCUGUACCCUGUGCCGCGAACGGCUGGAAGAUACCCACUUCGUCCAGUGCCCCUCAGUGCCCGGACACAAGUUCUGUUUUCCCUGCUCACGGGAAUUCAUCAAGGCACAGGGCCCUGCUGGGGAGGUGUACUGCCCCAGUGGAGACAAGUGCCCCCUGGUGGGCUCCUCUGUCCCCUGGGCCUUCAUGCAGGGCGAGAUCGCCACUAUCCUUGCUGGAGACAUCAAGGUUAAGAAAGAACGGGACCCCUAGGCCACCACUGCCACCAGUCUACUGCCUCCCACCCCUUUGCUACCCACCGCUGCUGCGGAUAAAUUAUUCCCUCCCCCGCCUAGCCCAGUGCUACCCCGACUUGUGUACAUACCCUCUUCCUCAUCCCAGAUGGGUCCCCUGGGGUAGAUGCAUUGAGGGUGGGGGGAGAAAGCUUGUGGCUUCUGUUCGAGGGGCUGUGUGGGGUCCCUUGGCCCCUCCAGUUUUCCUCUCCCCUCCUUGGCUUGGCUUUGCUGCUGCUUGUAGUUGGGGGAGAGGUGCCCCCCUCCUCCUUGAGAAGGGGCCUCCUGAAAUCUCGCUCUUUAUAAACAAAGCAAAAGCAUUUUAUUGCCCCCCCUCUCCCGCCCCCUUUUCCUCCUUCAAUAAACCGAAAGAUGGGGUUUUUUUUUUUC